AAUCAGCAAAUGUGGGUGUGGCUUGUGAGUGAAAUAAGAGGACAUGAAGGCGUAUCUGUCUCUCUCUGCACAAACUAGUGAAGUCAUAUUUCACUGCCACUAGGUGCUGUUAGCUGCACUGCACACUUGGAUCUCACCUGAAAGCAACUUCUACUGAAACAGCAGCAUGUCAAACAAAGGUCCAGCAUAUGGUCUAAGCCGUGAGGUGCAGGCCAAGAUUGAUAGAAAGUAUGACACAGACCUGGAGGAGCGUUUGGUGGAGUGGAUCAUAGCUCAGUGCGGCAGCAGCGUGGAGCGACCUGCGGCGGGGAAAGCAGGUUUUCAGAACUGGCUCAAGGACGGCCGUGUGCUGUGUGAACUUAUCAACAGUCUUUAUGGAGCAAACAAGCCCAUAAAGAGCAUCAAGACCUCCUCUAUGGCAUUCAAACAAAUGGAACAAAUCUCCUUGUUCCUUGGAGCAGCAGAAAAAUAUGGAGUGACCAAAACUGACAUGUUUCAGACUGUUGACCUUUUUGAAGGGAAGGACAUGGCUGCAGUUCAGACGACCCUGAUGGCUUUGGGCUGCUUGGCUGUCACAAAGGGUGAUGGUAACUACCAAGGAGACAUCAACUGGUUCCACAGGAAAGCCCAAGAGAACAAAAGGGAGUUUUCAGAGGAGCAGCUGCAGCAGGGCAAAAAUGUCAUUGGUCUUCAGAUGGGCUCAAACACAGGCGCGUCUCAGGCCGGGAUGACGGGCUACGGCCAGCCACGGCAGAUCAUCAACUGAAGCACAGACUCUUACCUCGCCUCGAAUGUGACUAGACUGUUUGAGAGACUGGACCAAAACCAGGACCAAAAAGAACUGAACAAACUGGAUUAGACUCAUACAUUCCUUUGUAUUUUCUCCAAAGCUAACAGUAUGUUUAGUUUAGUUUUCUAAACAUUGUGUACGCCAUAGCUCUCUGUUGUCUCUGUCUAGAAGAGAUGGACCAAUCACAGCAGAGCAGUUUACUAAAUGGAGACAGUGAGCCAAACUCUUCUGAACAAAACUAAUUUAGUGAAAUAUAUAAUAUUCUAACUUUUGCAAAUGAAUUAAAUGCCAAAUGAUCUGUACAAAUUUACAUGUACUGCAACAAGUGUUUAGAAUUAUAUAAAUCAUCUGUAGAUUAUUUAAGUCUUAAGAUUGCAGCCAAUUUAUACGCUUGGAUUGCUCAAACAUCAUGGCAUCUUUCAUCAUAGGGUUAUUUCAAGUGUCAAAUUGUUACACAGUCAUUGGACUUGUCAUUAUUUGCCCAAUCGACACAAGUGUUACAAGGACAUUAUGAAAAUGAUCACAUAAAACUAUUCUGAAUUAUUUAUAUAGCAAUGAGAACAUGCAAGUCUGAACAUGAGAACCUGCACUGCCUUAUUGAAAAACUGGUGUCCUCUCAGUGUUGCUUUGGGUGUACCUUGUAAAACAGCUGUUAUGUGUUAUAACAUGAAGCUCUUUGUUAUAGGCAAAAUAUGAGAACAUAGAUUUAAAGGAAAUUCUGUCUCUAAAGUUUCAAACAUGCUGCUGAUUUUGUUAAUAAAAUAAAACUGGAUCUAAUGACAUAAAA